CACACUGGUGUACAUUCACGAACGUGUCAAAAGUUAACAGCAACAACAACGAUUAUAAGUUUAUGAAGAAUUAAGCGUUUAGUCGAUCCUGAUGGAUUCUUAUUGCAACCGUUAUAACACGACAGCUUACUUCUUAGAUCAGACGGCGUUGUCAGAUGAUGACUUCGAACGUGCUGAAGUGUUUCCAGAAAAGCGUGCCUUGUGCACCCGACGUUUAGCCAAGGGUCCGUGGGCGUGACGUCUGAGGCCGAGACUAGGUUUGGAACAAUUUGAGUGGUAAUUUCAUUUUUUGGGUGUACUAUCCCUUUAAGGGAUCCAAGCACGCGCGCAUGUUGUGCCGCUCCACCGCGCAGGGUGGCAGCACGUGACAUGAAACUCAUUGUUUACAGACACUGUUUUAUGCACGGAUUGUGAGCAGACGUGUAAUAAAACUUUACACUCCCUUACAUAAAUUGCCUCUUGGGAGUGUCCAUGUCAUGCUAAACCACGCGCAGGAUUGUUUUGUUUCCGGUCGCGAUACUGUCCCACACUUCCGCGUCUGUUAACGUAAAGGACCAGAAUAUGGAAGAUACAAAGAAUUCUCUGAUAAUCGCUCUGCAACAUCAUGACAUAUUUGAUCUGGAGUCACCAAACGCAGAUACAGAAGUGCUACCCAAAGGCAUUGCAUUCAGCUUUAUUAAGGCUGUACAUGCAGUGAAUCAGAGACUCGUGAGUCACAACAGCAGCGAGUCGUUGGGUUUUGAAGUGAUUCUCAUUGCAAAUGAGUGUUCAGAAGAAAGCAAAGUCAAGAUAGUUGAGAAUGUCAAGCAUUAUGGUAUGGAAAUCUGCAAGUUUUACUUCUGCAAAAAGGAUGAAGUCAUCAAAACUCUUCAGUCAAACAAUGUUAAGCUGUUUCUCUCUACAGAUAGCGAUGAAAUCUAUAAAGCCCUACAUGCAGACGUUCCAGCUGCUGUGCUUUAUGAUCAGACUGGUGUUUUGGAUCAGCUAAAAGUUACUUUCUCAGGAGAUAUUAUUGGCCUCCCUGAAGAUUCCCUUGAUAGUCUUGCAGAUUUAGGAUUUAGUGAAGCCCAGAUAAAGACCUUCAAAUCAGCUAAGAUCUGCAUGAAAGAGUUUGCCGGUCUCAUCGGUGAGAUGAGGAGGAGGUUUGGACAUGAGAACAGUCCUCUCUGCACGUGUCUCAUAACAGUGUGGGGCUCUAGAAACAUCUGUCUCUCUGCUCUGAAAACUCUUGGAGGAUGGGGUCUGGAUGUGGAUGAGGCGUUUUGUAUGGCUGGAGCUCCCUGCAGCCCUAUACUGGCCCUAGUGAAACCACACAUACUGUGGGACGGUGGGCUUCACAAUCUAAGAGAUGUGCCCAAUUUUGAACUAUAAGUGCCAUUUGCACACUAAACUCUUUUAAUUUGGUGCCAAUUUUCUUACUGUUACACAUUUGUUUGCAAUUCAUACGGCUUGUAAAGAAGACCAGUCAUACAGGGUUAUUUUGGUUUAAUGGUAGUUCACAGCACUGUGGUAAAAUAUACAGCUGUGCAUAUAACUUCUAUGUUUUUUUUGUGGGGUGGGGGGUUGUACUAGAGUCUUGACAAAUAAUAAUGGUACAGAGUUAACGUUAGUAAUUAUACCAUUAGCAAUGUAAAAAACAAUUAAAACAUGUUUAAAUACCUCUAAAAGCUACUGAAAUAAAAUGCAACUGUAAGUACAAAACGGUGACAUCUGAGCAAUAGCACACAAUAUGAUAACAGAUUUUAUAUAUACACUGGUAUUAAAAUGCAUCAUUAUUAAACAUAA